GACGAUGGAGGUGGAUUUGAAGCAGGCCGGUACCACAGCGUGGGCCAAGGACAGGUUGAAUAUGUCUGUCAGCACUCCUGCACUCCUGCACUCCUUAUGAUCACAUUUUUUAAAUUGCUUGAUGAAUCGCAGUCCUUCAACUCUUCCCUUGCAGCUGGACGCUUGCAGAGGGAAGUCAAACAUGGCAGUUAACCAAAAAUAGCAGCAAACAUUUAUCAAGUAUCAGUUAGCAUGCAAGAUGAAAACACAGUUUUGAGUUAGAAUCACAUGGACUUGUUUUAUAUAUUUUGAGCAAAGAGAAAGAGGAAACGAGACAUAGAAUCCUGCAGACAUGUUCAGGUCGUAUGAGCAUGACAAAAACAGAACAGAAACAGGGAGAGUGUUUCUCCAUUCACUGUCAGUUUGUUAUUUGUUUCUCUAUGCUGGAUGAGAAUUCAUUUAACUAAAACUAAAACACAGCAUUGUUAAGUUAGUCCUUUUCCUUACAAAAGUUGACUAGCCAAGUGUGUGGUUCCUGCAAAUACACUUUUUAAAAAAUGUGAACUGUCUGCUUGUUUAGUUUUUUUUAUCUUGGGAUAGCAUCAGGCCAUGAACAAUAAACUCAACCCUUCUUUUAAAUACCGAGAAAAGGAGGCGCCUUUGAUUUUGGACAGCCUGUGUCGCUUUGGUCCAGCUUAAUCUGCCUUCAAAUGUGGCCUUCGAAGGAUGCAGCCCCUGAAUUUGGACACAUCCCAGGUGUAACACUGAAACGUUGUGCCAAAAAGUGAUGAGUCAGUUUUUCUCUGUUUUUUUUUUUUUUUUUUAAAUGUGUAACACCUUUGCUAAUAUUGGUAAGUAUAGUGUAAUAAAUAAACAUUUUAUGAAAGGGCUAUGUAUAAAAUACAGAGAUUACAGCUUUUCCAAGUAUCUUCAUGACUUUAACACUCCACGAAGAAGAUCUGAACAAUGUGCAGCUUUUUAUAGAAUGCUUUUCUACUUCAGCACUCAAAGCGCAUGUCUCAUUCAUGUUUUUAUUGAUAAGUGUUUCAAGCAAGUUGUUAUGGGGAAACUGAGCAAGGUGCCAACUCCCUCCAGCAGCAAAGACAAGCCACUGAGAGUAAUUGACUAAAGUGAUGACAACUAAGUCCCUUUUCCAUUAGUACCUACUCGGAUCGACUCGCCAUGGUUCGAAACAGUUUUCAGGUUUUCCAUUAGCUCAUAGCACCUGGUAUUUUUUUAGUACCUACUCAGCCGGGGUUCGAGCAAUCCAAGCAGGCACUAAAAUGGCACAUCAUCAGACUGCAUGCCACCGAUUGGCUGGUCAGUGUUGUCACUCAAUGAGAGCAUCACGUUCACGAUAAUCGAAACCACCGGCUUUGAAACGCGGCAACGAGGAAAAUGGCUACAAAAACCCACACUGUGGACCCCGAGUCUGAUGAAAAGCCAGAGACCGAGCAGCAGACCUCCCACAACUUGUCAUUAAUAAUAAAGAGGAGGUUCUUAUAGAGCAGCAGCAGCACUGUAACCAGGAGAGGAACUCCAGAUUGGUCCAGGAGGAAGCAGCGCCUCUACUGAUAAAAGAGGAGCAAGGGGAAGACUGUUCCAUGGACACCAAAGACCAGCAAGGAACUCAACACGUAGAAAUGGAAUCGACCACCAAUGAGGAGCUGAAGCCAAAGAAGAAAUGUCACAGAACCAAAAAUUACAAUGUGGACGUCUCUCCCAUGUCAGGGAGUCACUGUAACAUGGACACAGAUCUCCCACAACAUGUCUGCAAUACGGAGGUUCUCACAGACCAGCAGCUCUGCAAUGAGGAGAGCAUCUCCAGUUUGGACCAGGAGGAAACGGUUCCUCUGCCGAUUAAAGAGGAACACGAGGAACACUGCUUCACUGAGAAUGAAGAGCAGCUUGUACUGAAGCAGGAAACUGAAACCUUCAUGGUGCCUUGCACUAAUGAGGAAAGUGAUGAUAAUGGACCCAAAACAAGCACUGACCAGUUCAUGUGUCACAGCUCUCCUGGAUCUAAGAAUCAUUACCAGGAAGCAGACAACCAUGUGGACUCCAGCACAAAGCUGAAGCCAAAGAAGAGACAACACGGAAACAAAGACCAAUAUGCAUGCAAGGAGGACAUUCUCGAUGACAAAUGGCUCUUUAACCUGGAGAAUAAAUCUGGUCUGAACCAGCAGGACCUAGGACUUCUACAAAUAAAAGAGGAAGAGGAGGAACUCUUCACAAACUCUUCACAGGAGGGAGAGCAGCUUGUACUGGAGGGAGAGCAGCUUGUACUGGAGGGAGAGCAGCUUGUACUGGAGGAGCAAACCAAUCCCUUCAUGAUCUCUUCAGUUUUUGAGGAACAGAGUUCCUGUAAAGAAGAGCCAAACAGCCAGCUCCUUUCUCACGACUCUCUAUGCCAGGGAAGAACAGAUGAGAAACCAUAUUCUUGUAACACCUGUGGGAAGAGAUUUAAAUACGUUUCAACAUUGAAAGUACACACGAGCAUUCACACAGGUGAGAAGCCAUUCUCUUGCGAAGCAUGUGGGAAAAAAUUCAGGAGAAAGGAUAACAUGUUGGUCCAUAUAAGAACUCAUACCGGUGAAAAGCCUUUUGCCUGUAACAUCUGUGGGAAAGCAUUUAGUGACAGAUCAAAUCUGAUCUGUCACAUUAGAUAUCACACAGGUGAGAAGCGACAUUCUUGCGAAACUUGUGGGAAGAGAUUUUAUCAUAAAGGCAAUUUAACUGUGCACAUGGCAACGCAUACAGGUAUAAAACCUUACCACUGCAACACUUGUGGAAAAAGAUUUAUCCGCUUGGAAAAGUUGAAGAGCCACAUAAGCACUCACACAGGUGAAAAGCCAUUUUCUUGUGAAGCAUGUGGGAAAAAUUUCAGAAGACGUGACAAAGUACUGAACCACAUGAGAACCCACACAGGUGAAAAGCCCUAUCCCUGCAAGAUCUGUGGGAAACCAUUUAGGGACGCAUCGAAUUUGAUACGACAUGUUAGGUUUCACACAGGUGAGAAGCCAUAUUCUUGUGCCACAUGUGGAAAAAGAUUUACACAAAGCGGUAAUUUGACUGCCCACAUGAAAACUCACACACGUAUAAAGCCUUAUCAAUGCAACGCAUGUGGGAAAAAAUUUACCUGCUUAUCAAAGUUGCAAAGGCACACAAGAACUCACACAGGUGAGAAGCCGUAUUCUUGUAAAACAUGUGGAAAAGGUUUUGUUCAAAUGAGGGAUUUAACUGUCCACAUAAGGACCCACACAGGUGAUAAGCCCUAUUCCUGUGUAACCUGUGGUAAAAGCUUCAGUCAGAACAGUCAUUUGAAUGUCCACAUGAGAACUCACACAGGUGAGAGGCCAUAUUCUUGCAAAACUUGUGGUAAGACUUUCAGUCAAAAUAGUCAUUUGACUGUCCACAUGGGGUCUCACACAAGUGAGCAUUCUUGCAAAACAUUUGGAGAAGUUUUUACUCAAAGUGGUGGGAGUGUUCACAUGAAAAAUCACACCGCUGAGAGGCAGCACCUUUGCAAAUCUCCCGGCAGAGGUUUCAGUUCCGUGACGGAUCACACAAAAAUCCACAUGGGUGUGGGGAUGAAAUUUAACGAAACUACAACAAGAUGUGGUCAAAGUAGUGACUGACAGUGUACACAAGAAGUUGCACAAGUGAGAGGAAGUAUGUUUGUAAAACGUACAAGAAGAGGUUCAUUCCAUAAGGUUCAAUGUCACCAUUGUCAAAGCAUAUAAAACUGCAAAAUGUGAAAGAUGUCAAAGUAAUUGUCACUGAAACAUUGAUACAAACCACAUGGCAAAGAGACAUUGUAUUAAAAUAAUUAUGUCUCGUGUUAUUAAGAAAUGGUAGGGGAGAGAUGUGUCUAGCACCUCAGUUGAUCCAUCACCUCUUCGCUGAAGCAUCGUCAGAAACAGGAAGUGUGUCAAAAUGCCAAUGGAAGGAAAGUGGGAAGAAAAUCCUCACAUAUGCCAAAUUGCACAAGAACUGGACUGAAAAUCAGUGGCAACAGGUCUUAUGGAGCGAUAGGUCCAAAUGUGAAAAAUUCAGCUCGCUAGUGUGUAUGAAGAAGGUCAAAAAGAGACAACAGCAAGUGUUUUACAGCCAUCUCUAAACACAUUGGGGACUCUGUUUUAGUUUGGGGCUGCAUUUCAGCCACUGAUGUUGGCAGUCUUGUCAAAAUUGAUGAAAUUAUGAACCUAUUAAAGAACUGUCUGUGCAUCUGGAAAGCUUCUGAUUGGCAGUGGCUUAAUUUAUCAGCAUGACUGGGCCUCAUUUACUAAUGUUUGCAUUGAAUUGUUCUGUGCAAAAAAUAAUAGUUCCCAAACAAAAUUAUUGUUGGAUUUAUAAAACAUAUGACCGGCCUAUUUAGCUCUUACUGCUUAUGCUAAUAAAUCUGAAGUGUUCGGAAUCAACAACCUUGUAGAAUCUCCAUACAGUUUGCAUACUAUCUGCAGACUGACCCACCCCAAUUUGCCACACAUGCCACAAAUUUCCCUCCAGAUGAAGUGGAGAAAGUGGUGAUGAUGAUAAUAAUAAUGGAUUGCAUUUAUAUGGCGCUUUUCAAGGCACCCGAAGCGCUUUACAAUUCCACUAUUCAUUCACACACUGGUGGAGGCAAGCUACAGUUGUAGCCACAGCUGCCCUGGGGCAGGCUGACAGAAGCGAGGCUGGCAUUUCACACCAUUGGCCCCUCUGGCCAACACCAAUAGGCGGUAGGGUAAGGUGUCUUGCCCAAGGACACAACGACCAGGACAGAGAUGGUAUAGAGAGAAGCCUGCACCUCUAGGCAGGACAUAAGAGAAAAUGUGACUGUACAAAAUUAAAUAAUAAUAUCUGAGGUCCAAGGUGGAAGCUUUCCAAAGUGUUUCCACAGGAGUGAUGACUUUUUAAAAAUAAAUAAAAAGCGAUACUGAGUCUGAAAUAGCAGGAGUUCAUUUCCCCUGAAACACUUAAUGUCGCUCAAGUAAGAAAGAAAGUUUGAAAAAAGGUGCUAUGACUAACAGACGAAAGACUAACAGACGGAGAACAAAGACCACAUGGCAUAAUCUGUCAGCCUCAUAUGAGAAGCUCACUGCAAUGAAAACAGAAAAUCCAGAUUCUUCAGCAUCAAGGGUGUAGUACCAAAAAUGUAUAUUGUAAGUGAUCACAUCCAGCAAUGAUAGAAGUCAUUUUCAGUGGAAAAAUAAGAACAUUUAAGAUACAAUAAAACAGGUUAAUAAAAUGUUUUUAAAUUGAUAGAUGAGGCUCUACCCCAUGACCCUGCCCCACAUAAGUGUAAGAAAAUGAGUGGAUGAAGGUUGAAGCCUACACCUCUUUGCAUCCAUAGAUUUUUUUUGUUUGUUUGUUAUUUUGCGCUUAUCCAGGGUCUCGAGGUCGCCGGGGGCAGCAGCCUAGAGAAGCCCAGACCUCCCUCUCUCCAGCCACCUCCUAAUCUCUUCAGGUUUCCUGGGUCUGCCCCUUUGCCUCACCAAGGAGGCCCCCAGGAGGCAUUCUUGUCAGAUGCCCUAACCACCUGAACUGGCGCCUUUCAAUAUGAAGGUGUAGCGGCUUUACGCUGAGCCCCUCCCGGAUGGCCGAACUCUUCACCCUAUCUCUAAGGGAGAACCCAGCCACCCUUUGGAGAAAGCUUAUUCCGCCAUCAAAGCUCGUGACCAUAGGUGAGGUUAGGGACACAGACCAUUACGGACCGCUAUAGCAUCCACAUCACUGCAGCCGCUGCACCAAUCUGUCUGUCCAACUCACGUUCCCCUCUCCCCAAGACUCCAAUACUUAUACUCUCCUUGGGGCAGAGUAGGCACUCCACCCUUUCCAGCUGAGGACCAUGGCCUCAGAUUUGGAGGUGCUGAUUCUCAUUUCCACUGCUACACAUUCAACUGCAAACCGCUCUGGUGCAGCCUGGAGGCCAUCACCUGAUAAAGCCAACAGUAACACAUUAUCUGCAAAAGCAGAAUGAGAUUCUGAGACCGCACAAGUGGAACCUUCUGCCACUUGGCUAUUCCUAGAAAUUCUGUCCAUAAAAAUUAUGACUAGAAUCACUGAAAAAAGUCCAACACUCUUGUGGUGCCACAAUCCGUCCUUAUGUUCGAACAUGGUGUUUCUUAUGGACAAAUUGUUAUUUGCACAGACAUCAACACAACACUUAUUGUAGGGUCUACCUUGCAAUAUAAAACACCUUGAGGUGACUGUUGUGAUUUGGCGCUGUAUAAAUAAAAUUGAAUUGAAUUGAAUUGAAUUGAACACUGCACGGGUUCAGAUCUGGCAGACCAUUCCUCAAUCAAACUUUCUUUGCCCACAUGAGCAUUGAAGUCUCCCAGUAGGACGACCACACCCAGGUACUCCAAGAAGGCUGGGUACUCUAAACUGUCAGUUUAUACAUGCACUGAAUAGACCAUUUUCAUUUUGUAUUUUUGUUUUCUUUACGUGUGGUAUUUAUUUUGUGGUGUAUGAUCAUUUGGAAAACUGUAAAUAAGGCUAUAAUAAUUAUUAUUGUUUUUUUUAUUAUUAUUAUUAGUUGUAGCAAAUUCAAAUUCCUACAGCAGCCAGGCUGUGAUUUGUUCAUUAUGCAUGGUUAGAGGGGUUACAACAUUUGUUUGCAAAAUACAAAGAAAUUCAGUCAUGAAAAUAUUGAUAAAUCACAGAUCUUUCUGUCAAAAAUUUGUACAUUUGCACUGUUUGUAAAUGAGGCUCCGUGAUUCCAAACCAGUGAAUAAAACAAUAAAACCAUACCUGGUUAACACACACUGCGCACAAUCCCAGAACCCAGGGAUUGUGUUGACAGUGAAUGAAACAAAAGGCAGCCAACAUCAAAAGAAAAGCUUUUGAAUGCCGUUCAAGCAGCCUGGAGAACUUUUCCUAAAGACUUUGUUUUUGCCUUACUUGUAAACAAAAUAUAAAGACGUUUGUGUGUGUGUUAACAGGUCUAAACUUUAACUCGAAAUUUUGUCCUAGAUUCAACAAUUUAAACCUUCGGCUUGUUUUUGCUACUAUAAUCUAUUACCACGUAUGGUAAUAUAAAAUAUUUCAGCAAUGUAAGUUAUGGAGUUAAUGUCCCCCAAUUUAUUUUUUUCAGUAAUGAUGGAAAUUUGGCAGUAUAAUAAAAUUGAAAACAGAACGAGAAUGCCAGCUUUUCAGCUGAUGGCAUGCAUCUGCAUGACUGCAUGACAUUUAGGAUUUUUUUUCUUUAUGAGAGCAAAACAAACUUUUUGAAUGUUAUUUUUAUUGAAAAAUGGCAUGUACAAAAUUCCACAAGUGUAUUUUUUGUCAAUACAUGUCAGAGGUGUAACUGUCUAAAUCUAAUAAUUUUCUUUCUACCUCAGUAGUGUUUGAAUUAUGAUGCAAAGAAACCAUAGAGUUCUACCCGAUAACUAGACUUUAAUUUUUUAGAACAUGUUUCAUUUUGUAUCUGUUCAAUUAUAUAAACUGUGUUUCAGUGUGAGGCUAGCAUACUGAAGAUGUGUACACAUUAUCUGCAGUAUUGUCAAGCGUGCUAUAUAAGUGAAGUACAAAUGAUUUUUUUACAAGGCUUUCUAAAAUGAGUCUUUCCAAUACUAAUUCAAAAGGAUGUUUAGGAAAUGUAUAUGAAAAUCGCUAUUGUAACCAUGAGCAUCAUCAUAACUAAAUGAUGAUAUAGUAAGUGUUCAGUACUUGUUUUUGUGAUCAAAAAUAUGUAUUCUAACAAUAAAUAUUCAUAAAGAAAUGA